AAAGAAGCGAGGUUCUUGUGCUUCUUCCCCAAGCGCCUGCCGACGGCGGGGCGGCAAAUUUCCUCAACAGCAGAGAGAGAGACAUGGUGGGAAAAGGGAGGCGGCGGAGAGAGAAGAACUUUAGGGCGGCUCACGGCGGUGGAACCACCCUCCCUCCUCCACCCGACCCCUCCCAGGUCGACGCUCUGCCUUCCAAGCUUCGCAAGCUCAUCUCCUUCGCUUCCUCUCGACCUCCACCUCCCCAAGAUGCUGCAAAGGAUUCGAAGGACUAUAAGGCCAGCAAAAAGAGGGAGAUGCGAGAGGAUGAAAAACACUCUGGGAAGGGUGGGCUUGAAUCAAAAGCUACUACAAGUGAAGUUGGAGGUGGUGAUGAAAAGUUAACAACACCUUGGAACAACAACAAUGAAAUCAGUCAGAAGAAUGCAAGUAAAAAGAGAAAGAGAAAGGGAAAGAAAGGGCAACCCGAAGAUCUUCGAUUUCAAGCAGUGGAGUCAAGCACCAGUUCUAGAAGGAAGGAACGCAAGAAAAUGUAUAGAGAAUCAAGAAAAAAGAAACACAAGAAGGCCAAUGAUAAGGAUGACAUGGACUUUCCCGGACAUGAGAAGGUCAAAUUUGGAGACAUUGUUGAAGCUCCGCCCAAAUUGGCUGCAAUCCCUAAAGGAUUGAAGACCCGGCAAAAUGUGUCCCAACAGCGACUUCGUUUACAGGCCAUUGAGGCGUACAGAAAUCGCAGAGGAUGGGCACCCCAGCCCGGCAGCCAACUUCCUUCAACAAUAGGCUCUUCAUUAUCAUCGUGACCUCCUUUUGGGACAAUAAAUUAGGCCAUAUGUUUUGGGGUGAUUUAUGAUGGUAUUCUGUAUUUUCCCUUUAUGAUAAUUAUAGUGUUAGUUUUGUGAUAUCUAAUUGUUGUCAGAGGAUGUCUCAUUUCUUUUAUAAUAGGUGGAACCAUAAUUCUUUCCCUUA